AUGAAGACCAACUCCAGCGUGGCCCCGUCCUCCUUUGAGUUCACUGUGUUCUCAGACCUUGGCUCCCUCAGAUAUCUCUUCUUCUGUCUGUGUCUGUUGCUCUUCAUGACCAUCAUCUCUGCUAAUGUCGUCAUCAUUCUGAGCGUCUGUCUGGAGAAGUCUCUGCAUCAGCCCAUGUACAUUUUCAUCUGCUGUCUGUCUCUAAACUCUGUGUACGGCUCCGUCGGCUUCUUCCCCAGGUUCCUGAUGGACCUGCUGUCUGACGCUCAUCUCAUCUCGCGUCCGUUCUGCUUCCUACAGAUUUAUGUGAUCUAUACGUAUGCGUCGUGUGAGCUGACUCUCCUCAGCAUCAUGGCCUUUGACCGGUUUGUGGCCAUCUGCCAGCCUCUGCUCUACCACAGCAGGAUGACGCUGGGGGCCGUCCUCAGACUCUGGCUCUUUGCUGUGCUCUACCCUGCUUGUGCUUGUGGCUUUGGUCUGUACCUCACUGCCCAUCUUCCCUUGUGUGGGAACCAGCUUCCCAGGCUUUUCUGCUCCAACUGGCCUGUGGUUCGUCUCUCCUGCGUGGACACGGCUCUGAACAACAUAGUGACUCGGUUUGUGAUGAUAACAACCAUCUUCAUUCCCCUGUUCUUGGUGCUCUACUCCUACCUGCGUAUUCUGCUCGUCUGCAGGAGAAGCUCAGCUGAGUUCAGAGGGAAGGCGCUGCAAACCUGUCUGCCCCACAUUCUGACCUUUGUGACCUAUACGUUCUGUGUCUUCUGUGAACUGUCUCUCACUCGGUUAGAUGCUGACACACUCAAUCCAAUUAUCACGGGUGUUUUGUCUUUCGAGUAUUUGAUCAUUCCCCCCAUCAAUAACCCUCUAGUUUACGGUUUGAGAAUGCAUCAGAUCAGAGGAGCCAGUUUUAGACUCUUUAGGAUCCACAAAAUGUAA